AUGCACUUACACUCCGGCUGGGUAAAGCGACUCCCUGUACCGCCCGGUGUGAGCACCUCAACCCGCACUAACAUCCCGAGUACUGCGGGAUCUGGCCAGUCGCGUGCGAAGUCCGUGGCAGCCGGGGCGCCCAAGCCAGUGCCUGCACGCGAGCCCUCGCCUGCACGCGCGCCAUCGCCUCGUCCACUCACUCCUCCACCCACUGCGGCAGCAGCAAAAGGAAAACGCAGGCAAGUUCAAGAGCCCUCUCUAUCACCACAGCCACCAUCGAAGCGUCCACGCGUUGAAGACGUGGUCGAUGACGGCGCCGAGGACCCAGUUCCAGAACCUGUCGAGGAGCCUGUGCAAGCACCCGAGCAUUGGCUACUACAGCUACUUCCACUCCUGGACAUUAACGACACGCAAGUACCCUCGAAGCGACAACGUAUCGACAAGGGAUACGAAGGCUACUACAACGAUGUACGGCUAGUACGCCGCGCUAUGGGCGAGUUUGUCAAGAUCGAAUCGGCAUUCACACGCGGCGCUGAGAUCUCCGCCUCCCCCGAGCGGAUGGCUCAGCUCCAACCGGGAGUCAAGUACAGCCGGGAUUGUCAACUCGUAGACUCCUGGAGCGUGUUGCAGAGUAUGCAACCCUCCCUCGUGGAGUGCGAGGACUACUUUCGUGCGAACCCUGACGAAGCGGCAACACUUCUAACAUAUAUGGAUGCGGUCGCCAACCGCACCCGCAGCGAGGAUCUGUGCCGCCUCCGGGACAGUGUGAUUAAGUACUCCAAGCCCGACCGGGGUGUCGGGGACAUUCUCGCGGUCAAGGCCUUACGCGGGUUCAGGCACGAGCACACAGCACGUCUACUAUGUCCAAUCACAAAGAGGGAAUUGUUUGAAGAGGACCCAGAGACAUUCCGUCUCCGUGUCAUCAAUAGGGACAAGACCUUGCUUAUCACUGCCAAGGACUGGCCGAUAUUCUUGUACGACGAGAAUCUGUUCAUCAUCGGCCACUUGAAGUCCGGGCUCCUGCGGAGUCUGCUGCUUGUCCGGUGUUACAAGCACACGUACACAGGUCCCUCAAGCGCAGAUCGAGAGGUCGAGCUCUAUGCGACAUACAAAGGCACCCCGUCGCUCUCACGCAAGUACAAGAUUGAUACAGUCACUCCAGAGACCAUCAUCUACGUGGCCGUCCUCAUGCGAUCGGCGCUGAGCUCAUGUGCCACAUGGGCAGACAGCGACGGGUCCUGGAGCGGCCCGGUGUUCGUUCGCUCUCUUCGACGGGUCUUCCAUAUGUACCCGGUGUGGGCUGAAAACACGCUUAAGUGGUGGAGGCUACAGAUCUAUGGAGAUGUGGAUGACCAGCGCGAGGACGACGUCGACAGCGAUUGCGCCGCCGACCUCAUCGACCGCGAGGGCGAUGAUGUUGAGUACGAGGAGCCGACUAUCCGCAAGCACGUCAUCACGCCCGCCGUCAAGCUCACCGUCAUGCCGGCUGCUAAGCCUGUCGCCGCCGACUUCCAACAGGGCUCGAGCAAGGACGGCAUGCACUCCCAGCCGAGCGACGACGACUAG